AGCUCCCACAGCACCAGCGCUGUGCUUGUCACCUACUCAACCUAAUAGCUACAGUUGAUGCCAUGAAAGCAACAUCCAAUGAGGCGUACAAGAAAGUGUACCGUUCAACAUUUGGCAAGUGUAAUGCACUUUGGAACAAAUGUGGAAGAUCCACCCUUGCAGCAGAAACUGUUGAAGAUGCUUGCUCCCUCCAGCUGCUGCGCCCAAAUGGUACAAGGUAGAACUCCUUGUUCCUGGCAGUGGAAAGACUGCUGAGAAUAAUGAAAGAUAAGGGAGAGGGGGCCAUCAGAGGCAUCUGCACCAUUUUAAAGGUUCAAAUGUUCAGUCCAGCUGAACUUGCCUUCCUCACAGAGUAUGCCGCUGUCAUGAGCCCAGUUGCGCAGGCAACCAACAUCUUGCAAGCAGAAGCAAAUGCCAUGAUGGGAUGGCUGCUUCCAACCAUCAACCUGCUGACCAUCAAACUUGACAGAGUCAAGUUGCCACUAAAGUACUGCAAGCCUCUGGUGGAUGCUUUACAGGUGGGAAUCAAGAACUGUUUUGGCCACAUGUCAGGCGACCCUGAGUUAAUUGCAGCUGCAAUUCUACUUCCAAAAUUCCGUACAACGUGGACAAAGGAUGAAUCCACAAUCAAAACAGGAAUUGACUACAUCAGACAUCACAUCGAAGAACCCUCCCUUCAGCUAGCAGAUGCCAACAGGUCCAGUUCGUCUGAUGACGAUGACUUUUUCUCUGCCCUGCUGUCGUCUCAAGCGCAAGAUGGUGCCAAACAACUGGAUGGAUACCUCGCAUGUUCAGCCGAUCACAUGGACUUGCUGAAAUCCUUCCCAGCGGUGUGCAAGCUUUCCGUGAAGCUGAACACUCCUCUACCUGCCUCAGCGGCCUGUGAAAGGCUCUUCAGCAUUGCAGGACUUGUCUUCAGUCCAAGAAGAGCGAGACUGAAUUCUCGCAACUUUGAAAACCAACUUCUUCUGAAGAUGAACAGACACCUUUUCAGUUUCAGUUAAUAACUUCAUGCCAGUUGAAAGAUGUGGAGGUUGAGAGAGAGAGCUAGUCACCAUUGAUGAUGGCAGAAGUUUAAUUUUUAAAGUUGAAAAAGUUCAAGCCUCUUUCUCCUGUGCCUGGAUAUUAUGCUUUCACUGUAAGGAAGCCACAAUAAAUUUCAUAAUCAAAAUUCUAACCGCUCACUUUUUUUAAAAUACUUUUACUUUUACUUUUAAUACUUAAGUACAUUUUAUAUCAGACAAUUACUUUUGAUACUUGAGUACACUAAAUGUCAGGUACUUUAAGACUUUUACUCAAGUAAUAUUUUAAAAGGCGACUUUAACUUCUACCAAAGUCAUCUUCUGGUAAGAUACUUAUACUUUUACUCAAGUAUCGCUUUCAAGUACUUUAUACAAGACUGGAAAACAUACUGAAUAUACAGCCGAAGAAAUUAUUUUCAACAGCUUUGGC